AUGUGUCAGUAUAUCUCCCACUGUGUCAUAUGUGUGCGGUUUAGUGAGCGGCGAAACUUCCGGGAGCAAGAGGAGAAGAUUCGGUUAGUGUUUGAUAACCUGACCCAGCUGGACCAUCCCAACAUCGUCAAGUUACACAAAUACUGGAUUGAUAGCAAAAAUGAAAAGCCCAGGGUUGUUUUCAUCACGGAAUACAUGUCUUCAGGCUCACUCAAGAAGUUCCUGAAACUGACCAAAAAGAAUGUGAAGAAAUUACCUCUGCAGUCUUGGAAACGCUGGUGCACUCAGAUCCUCUCAGCUCUCAGUUACUUGCAUUCGUGCUCCCCCCCUAUCAUCCACGGCAACCUCACCACCGACACCAUAUUUAUCCAGCACAACGGCCUCGUCAAGAUUGGCUCAGUGGCACCAGAUCAAAUACACUCCCAUGUCAAGACCUGCAGGGAUGACAUGAAGAACAUGCACUUCAUAGCCCCAGAAUAUGGAAAUCCCUCUCCAGUAACCCCAGCUGUAGACAUCUACUCAUUUGGGAUGGCAGCUCUGGAGAUGGCUGCCCUUGAGAUACCCGGUAAUGGUGACUCAGGCAAUGUCGUCACGCAAGACCAGGUGCUAAGAACUAUACAUUCCUUGGAACAUGAACAACAGAGAAACUUCAUACAGAAGUGCCUAAACCCUGAUCAAAGUCAGCGUCCACGUACGACACAGUUACUCUUCCACCCGGUGUUAUUUGAGGUCCACUCCCUUAAACUCCUAGCGGCUCAUGCUCUCAUACAUAACCCUAAAAAAUCAAACAAAUUUAUAGAUAAUUGUGUGGAGGACAUGUUACAACACCAGUACCACACUGACAGUGUUGUAGCGGAGAUUAGACACAGCAGAGGAGAGCCCACGCUUGUCCGUAUGGCUAAUAUUCCUGUAAUGGAAAAGUUGGAGAAAUUCAUUGAAGAUGUCAGGUUUGGGAUAUACCCCUUGACAGCCUUUAGGCUCCAGCAACAGCCUCCGUCCCGUCCUCGGGCCAUCUCACCCGAAGCUGUUGACCCUGUUGCAUCAGAAACCCCACAGUCAACAGACAUGGAAACUCGCAAGGUUAUCAACAUGAUGUGUAACAUUAAACCAAAUGAAAAUGGGCAUGGAUUGUUUAUGACUAUAUCUUUACGUUUAGAAGACAAGAUGAACCGGCAGCUAUCUUGUGUUGUAGAAGAUGGAGAGGGAGCUGCAGCCCUCACGGAUGAACUUGUUAGAUAUGGCUUCAUCAGUCAGAUGGACAAAGAUGAAAUAACUAGUUUAAUAGAAGACCAUUUAACACGAGUUCGGAAUGGAUCGACCAUGUCAAUGGCGACCGGCCGCAAUGGCACUCUAGGAAACCCUCUACAGAAUGAAGAUGGCUUAUGUGUGAUGCACCCCCCAACCAUCACCACAGCAACCAGAUAACACCCAUGAUCCUCCUUGCACCCUCAAGCACAGCCUCACAAUAUUACACACCACACACAGUUUUUUACUAGGUAAAAGCUUAUUAAGAGGUUUGCCUCUUGGAACUGGUUGAAGGAACUUUUUUAUGUGCAUUUAUGGAAGGUGGAACAGCUGCCAGAUCAAAUGGUCUUGUGUUGUCAUACUUGAAUUUGCUCAGUAACUCAACAUUAGGAUAUCAUUUGUUAUGUGGAAGCAUUUGGACAGUGUCAGGUGCAUUUGGGAGUCAGAGUGCUGGGAAAACUUAAUUUUAAAUAAGAUUUUUUUAUUAUUAUUGUUAUUUAGGUACAAUUACAAGUGACCUCCCGAGUAUUGUGAUAUGACAAGUGUUUUGGAUCCCCUCAGAAGUGAUCACUAACAUGUAAGGUUCUUCCCUGUAUUCCUUACCUGCUCCAUGCUUAAGCCAAAUAGGAACAUAGAUAGUUUCCCACAGAAAUGUAUAUGUAGCUUCUGGGAGGGUGACGGCCACAAGAGAGUGAAUGCGUGAGAGGCUGGAAUAUCACUAGGGAUAUUUACUACAAUUAUUACAGUAAUGACAACUUGUUGAUUGUUUACUUUUCUCUUCUGACCUAGACAUUGCCCUCCUAAUCUUUCAUCUGGGAUAGAUUUAGGGGCAAGUGAAUUAUCAUGAGAUAGUUCAGCAGUGAAACAUAUUAUUUUCAGGAAGAGUUAAAUGUUAUAAGUGUUCUCCGUCUUAUUUUUUUGUAUUUGAAGGAUCAUUAUGAUGAAUUGCCUAUUUUUUAUGAAAGGGACAUAUCACUGAAAUAAGUAAUCUGACUAAAGUCUUGUAAUAUGCUUGUCUGUCUGCUCCUCUUGUGGUUAACACAUCUAUGCUUGCAAGAUUGUAUGGCAGUGUUGUAGUUGUUGUUCAACCAUGUGCCUGUAAAUGGAUUACAAGGAUCUGAUUUUUUUCUUUUGUAGCACUCCAUUAAUUUUGUUCCAUGUUGGCCUAGAUCCAUCAUUUCUUUAAUUAAAAGUCUCCAAUUUUUGUAAGGUGGCACUUAUUGGAUAUGAAGGGUCAGCCUAGUCUGGGGUUUUGAGAAGACUGUUGUAAGCUUUUCACUUACCAGAUCUCGUGGGUGAAAAUGUAAUGUUCUUAGUCUGUACUGUGGUGCCCAUUGUUUAUUAGAAGAAUUAGUAUAAAUUAAUUUUUUCCUUUCAAGGAAAGAAAAAGUGGUGUAUUGUACUGUAUUUUGAAAAAGAAAAGAAAAAAAGGAUUAAGCUGGGCAGCACUGCAAAGAUACAAAUGUAUGUUUAAAAAGGCCUGGCUACUUGGUAGAUCAUGACAGGUGAAGGAAUAAAGAUCAAUAUAUUUGGCACAGCUUUUGUUAGUAUUCCAAGGAAUAUAGGUGGUUCAGGAAAUAUGGUGAUACUAAUAAGAUCUUUAUAUAUCAGUGAGAUAAUUAUCUUUUUAUUGGAACAGUUUCAAAACUUUGGUAAAGAAUCAUUGAUUAUGACCCUUUCUGCAGCUAAAUCCAGUCAUCAUCAGGUAAAGUGUGUGCUGUAGUUACAUCAGGAGAGCACAUACAUGGUCCCCUCUGUACCCCUCACUGUCAUGAAUCUGUUAUAUUAGUUUUUCUUUAAGAUUGUUUCUUACUGUAUGAUGAGAAAAUUCCCUGAGCUUCACAAUUUUUAUUAGGAGACUAAAAGAGAAAAUCCAUCCAUAUCUCAUCUUGCUCAAAACAUAGAAACUGUCAUAAGUAGAUAGUGGUUUGUUCACUGUGGCAAAUAGAUGUCUCUUAAGGGCACUCAGUGGUAGUGCACCUCUUAUGCUAUGGCAUACUGUACUGUAUACUGUAAAGAACUUUGGAGAUAUUAGGAGAUAGGAAGGAUAAAAAAAUAAAAGGAAUCAUGUCUUUUUAUAAAAAUAACCAGGUAGCUUUUUCCUUGUUUUUCACACCAUGCAGCAUGAGUAAGUAAAUUAGUUAAAUAUAAGAUAGGCCUAAAUAAGAGGUGAAUUCAGUGCACAAGGCUUAUUAGAUAUCCAGCAGACAAUAUUUUGUAUCACUUGAGUUAUUGAAAUGUUAAUCACAGUAAUAAUGUAACCAAAAAGAAUCAUGAUUUGUGUCUUUGAUAUAGAAUCAGUUGUCGUCAUGAAUUUUUUUUUAAUUAAGUUAAAAUGAUAUAUAAAUACUGUAAUGGCCUUAUUGUAGAUUGCUGUUGUCUUCUACUACAUGGGUUUGUGUUUGUGCGAUCAGUAUUUAAAGGUUGUAGGUCUGAACAGAGGGCAUUAUAUAGUGUUUGUUUCUUGUUUAUAAGGUUGGAGGUAGCACAGGAGAAAAAUAACAAUGUGUUAAAAUUAAAGUAAUGUUUAUUCUGGCAAAUAGUUUAUUGUGAUCACAAAGUUUAUCUUUAUCACUAAGUGUUCCAAUGUUAGGAAAAUCCUGGUACUUUAUUUAUAUUACUUUGUAUAUACUAUUUUCUAAUGCCAUAGUAUUUGCUGAUUUCCAAAUUUGAUAAAUUAAACUGAUGAAGGUGAGACGUGUCAUUUUUUUUUUAUUUACAUGAGAAGUGUCUUUAACUUUUAGGAAAUGUACCAAUUAAUCCAGUAUGUUUUUCAAUUUCAAAUAAUGCCAUUGUUUGAUGUUGAUUCCCAGGAGGCAAAGUUUAUAACUAAAAUUGGAGCAAUUUGUGAAAGAAGUGGCAUAAUUCUCAUUGAAACUUGAAUACUCCUCCAGAACAUUGUAGAUUACGUCAGCAGUGAGAGAAUGAACAGAAUGUAUUUAUUCAUUUCCAAUUGCAGUGUUAUUAAUUUUGAUACUGAUGGGCAUUCAUUUUAUUAUCAUUAGUAUUCUUCCACAAUUUAAAUAAUUCAUCAGAAUUUCUGUAAUAAUUGGUAAAGUUUUUCAAAAUCUUGGUUAAAUCUGUGAAAAAAUAAGGUAAAGUUCAAAACAUUUUUGUUACUGUACUUACGAGAAUAAUCAUGUUGCUGGUUGGAUCCCGAGAGUAUUUACUACAGUCAAAAAUUAGCAUGUACUGGACAUACCUCAUUCAAUAUGGGGAGUCGACAAAAUUUUAUAGUACUGUACAAGGAAUGUAGAUAAAUUGCAGCAUUGUCUUAAAAUUUAUUUGAAAUUUUCAUUUAUUUAUUUAAAUUUUUUUUUUAAAGAACUUUCUCUGACAUGAGAUGGAGCAGACACAAGAGGAGGAAUUAGACAAUUCCUGAAGGAAAAAGUUACAGGUUUGGAGAAUGUUAAUAUUUAUGGUUAAUUUUGUAUGUAUAUCACUGUGCAACAUUGCCCUAUUAUUAAUAAAGAUUUCUUUUUUCUUGGCAUUUUUUAUGAAUAGUUUUACAGAAGUCAAUACAAUAAUUUAAGUUAAUGGUAAGGUUUGUAUUGAUAAGGAGCAAGAUUGUUUACUUUGGCAUUAAAACUCAUCCUCUUGACAAAAAUGUUGGAUUUAUGGACUUUAGAAAAACUAUUUUUUUUUGCUUUGUAUUGAAUGAAGUCGUCAUAAAAAUGAUGUAUCCUAGAAUGAUGAGUUAUUUAUAGAAUGAGUUGUACUGUUUGAUGAAGUUGUUUAGUUUUAUUGAAGUAUUGACUUGAUAAGGUUUUUACUGUAUUGUUACUUUGUUUCCCCUGUGUUUUUUCAAGUAUUAAUGAAGAUGAAAUUUCACAAGAGAACCAAUGAAAUAGAACACCCAUACAACAAGCUAAGAAGACAUGUCAUUCCAAAUUAUCUAAAUUUCUCCUCUUUUUCCUUUUUCAUAUUUUAUAGGGAUUUGUACAUGAAGGAUGUUCGUAGAUUUAAAAGAACAUUGAAUAUUAUGGCUCUAGAGGUAGUCAACUGGAAGUGUGAUAUAUAAAAAAAAAGAUAACUGAAGGUAUUGAUUUAGCUGGAGGCCAACCUUGACAGGCAAACAUGACCGUGGGACCCCCUUUUAAACUCUGUCUGACACUACCAGCAAAUUUUUAGAUUAAAAUCUUGGUUUGCCAAUUGUUUUUGUAGAAGACAAACAUUUGUAUUAAGAAAAUAAUGAGAGUAUCUCAAACUUAUUUGAACAGUAAAAGAAACUUAGUCAAACUGUAACUUUUAGGUAUUUUUGGUGAUCAACGUGUGGUUUUCUCCAUGAAACUCAGCCAUAUUAACAUAAUUAACACUGCUUGUAAGAGCCAUUGCAGGAUUAAUUGAUCAGCUAAUAUGGAAUUUAUGGUUCUUGUAGGUACAGUAAACUGUAUGAUGUCUACAGUAUUUUAGAGUACAGUACAGGUGUAUAUCUUUAAUUUAUUUGUUUUGACCUUUAAGGUGAAGUAAAAUACUGUACAAGAUAACACACAGUGAUGUGCUUAACGCCUCAUCAAAGGUUUGGUUAUUCUUUGAUCCUCAUAACUUGAAUUAUAAAUGUAGUAAAAUGAAGAAAGACUGUUUUGUUUACUGUUAUAGGAGUAAUAUCCAAAUACAAGCACAAUGUUAUUAAUAUGGUUUGAUGAACAUUGUCUAGGUGUUGCCAUGACUAAUGAGACAGUGUUACACAUAAUAGAUGUUUUGAACUGAUAAGUAAGUACUUUAAUGACAAAUUUUGUGUGAUUGAAGAUGAUAAGUUAUUUUCCCCAAAUCUUUCAAGUAUUGUCUCUGAGUUGAAUAUUAAGUAUUAUUUGUUUUAGCACAUUUCAAUAAUAAAGUGUAAUACUGAAACAUCAAGGUUAGAAACUUAGAGUAACUGGUAGUGUUUUGAUGUUGUGACAGUGCAAGUGCAAAGCAAAUGUCAAAUUACAUAAGUGUUUGCAAUUUGUUCUUCAUUGCAGUGCAGAGUUUUCCAUAAAUUUUUUCUCAACCAUUUUGCCCUGAGGGUAAAUUGUCUUUCAUACUUCCAUACUGUGGGGUCUGGCAGAAAUCAGUGAAUAGCAUGGGAUCAUUGUCCAAUUAAAUGAAUGUUGAUGAUGUAAUCAUUCAGUUAGGAAUUAUUAUAUCCAGCAGCAGAAACAGAUGUGAAGAUGUUAAUACCAUUUGUUUUGGGCAGACUAAGUUUCCCUAAAAUAAUAGGAAAUGAAGUUUUCACAGAUGUCAUAGAAGUAUGGAGAACAUAACAAAACUGAAGGACAAUUUGAGAGUAAUAUGGAUUAAAAGAGAGUUAAUAGGCAUGCUGUACUUAAGAGACCACCAGCAGAAGGCACAACUUUAGGACUAGGUUUGAUCAUCACUGAGUAACAGUUAACAAGCUGUGUCAAGCAUAGGAUGCCCUUACUUCACUUGAUAAAUAAUUGUUUUAGGGAAUGUAGACAUGUGAAUGUUGUAUUAUUUACACUACUGUACACACCUAUCAGGGCUUAGAGAAAGCAGUGAUAUGCUACAAGUGCUGAUCAUGAAAUCAUUGAAGGAAGUGGGUUUAAAGUAAUUUAGGGGGAAAUGGUACCCAUAUUGUUUUUAAUUGUUACCUGAACAAAAUUAAUGACUUGAUAUUAUCAACUUAUUUAUUUAUUUAAUUUUUUUAUUUAAUUAUUAUUAUUUUUUUAUGCAUACAGUACAGUGCUUUGAUUUACAUUUGUUAUUUUUUCCCCUUAUUCUUUAUCCUGCAUAUAAUUUUCUGUAGGUAUAAAAUGUAUUAGUCUUACAAUGUUUGUUACAUGGUUACUUGAUGUCAGAAGUUAUCCACCAAAUACUAUGAUACUCAUAUUAACAUGUACUGUACAGUACACUACUUGAUAUCUAUACUGUAUACAUUGUUUUCCUAAGUUAUGUUGUAAAGGUUUAUCAUAUAUGGGACACAAUAAUUUUAAACCAUGUUGUAACAUUCAAAGAAGUACAUAUCUCAUGCAAGAUUUAAUAGUAAUUAAUAAUUUAUUUCCAGUAAAUUCUUUUUUCUACUUCAAAUGUGUAGAUAGCUUUUAAAGAUUUGUUUUUAUUUUGUAAUGAUUAUCACUUAUUUUAUCUAAGUUGGUCUUAUAUACUGUACCAGCAUUAUUUUAUCUAACCAGUGACAAUAACUGAAAUUUUUGUGGAAAUUAUAGUUUUGGGCAGUUACAACAAAUAUUGAUAUUGAUUAUUACACACUGUUAAAGAAUGAUCAUAAUUGUCAUAAUUUUAAUCACUGAAUAUCUGAAAUAAUUUAAAUGUUCAUGGAAUAUUGAUAUAUGUUCUUGUAUAUAUACAUAUUGAUAAAUUACACUUCAUGUGUGUGUUGAUGAGCUGAUAAAGUGGGGUUUCAUCUCUCUCUUUCUCCUUGUGAUAACAUUACCCAUAAAUGACUCCUAACUAGUGUAAGAAAUGGGUUAGAUAAUGUUUUAACCAAACUAGAAUUGUAAUCAAGUUUGGUUGUGCCGUAACAUUAGUUGUCAUACAGUAUAAUUUUUUUAGCGAGUUGGAAUUGUACACGAGUUGAAUUUCUUGUUGUUUUGAUUAUCACCAGUUUUAUUUAGUUAAUUGGCAGGUACCUCACCAUGUGUAGGUUGUAAGAGAAUGUUAUUUUCAAGCCUUUGAAAAAUACAGUGGCACAUAAGUUUGAAGCAGACUUUUGUGAGUGCAGGAAUGGUCUCCUUGAUAUAAACACACAUAAAAUAUUUCUUACUAUCAGUACUUAUGGUUAAGUGGUUAAAGUAAACUUAUUAUUUCAUGAAUCAGAAUUACAUUAUUGAUAUAUAACUUUUUAUGACUGGUUUACUUCUUACUUGGAUAAUAUUUACAGCCUGACUGGACAACCUUGAACUCAGUAACUUUGUCAGUUUCAGUAGCUGUUUGGAGUAAAUAAUAGAGUUGUUGAGCACAGCCUUGAUGCUGGUUCAAAGUAAACAGUGUGUUGGUUGGCUCUGAGGCACAAAGUAUGAAGCAUGUGUGAGUGGAGGAUGUGUAUGUGAGGCUUUGCUUUUGUAACCGGCCAAAUAAUUAGGUUUUCCUCUGGUCAUAUACUGUACUAUUUUUUGGCAAUUUAUUUGAUGCUUCAUAUUGAUUUUGUUAAUCAUUCAUUUAGUAUUCUAGUGUACUCAGUGUAUCCACAAUGGUUCCUAAAUACAGAUUUUGCAUUUCUGUGCACUGAAUGCCCAU